UAGUGUGGAUUUUCCGUGUCCUGAAUUUUUUCCCUUUGCAGCAUCAGUAGCAUAUAGCCAGCCUCCAUCCACACUACCUGGGCUUUUCUCUCUAACCUGGAAGGGCAGCAAACCUCCGCCGAGCCUGGUCAAAGCACCGUCCGCUACUGUAGCCAAGCAGCAGCAGCAUCUCGGGCUCGGCCCGUUUCACGUUAAAGGAAAACACAGCACCAAAAUGUCUGCCAGAAGUGGGAAGAAGAAGGUCACCAAGUUGUCCCGAUCAUCAAGGGCGGGUGUCAUCUUCCCCGUGGGGAGGAUGAUGAGGUACCUGCGCACCGGGACGCACAAAUACCGCAUUGGCAUGGGCGCACCUGUCUACAUGGCAGCUGUCAUCGAGUACCUGGCAGCUGAGAUUUUGGAGCUAGCAGGAAAUGCAGCACGAGACAACAAGAAAGGUCGAAUAACUCCCAGACACAUCAAGCUGGCUGUGGCCAACGACGAAGAACUCAACCAGCUUCUCAGGGGGGUGACCAUCUCCAACGGAGGCGUCCUGCCUCGAAUCCACCCAGAGCUCCUCUCCAAGAAGAGGGGGGCCCGGGUGAAGGUGGACUCCCAGACGUCUGUGCCGGAGAAGCAGGAAGACCGCUCCAAGAACAAGAAAACCAUCAAAUCCUUUAAAAAGGUUAAAGGGAGACGAGGCCGCAAGCCGAAGACCACAGAUGGUGACAAAGAGUCUCUACCGAGUUCGUCUGUGGAAGACGGACCUGGAGACGGCUUCACCAUCCUGUCAGCAAAGAGCCUGUUUCUGGGUCAGAAGCUCUCAUUAACAGAGAGUGAAAUGAGCAAGAUCGGUUCUAUCAAGGUGGAGGGAAUAAUUAACCCAACAAAUGCAGAGAUGGACCUCAAAGAUGGAGUCGGAAACGCUCUGGAGAAAGCUGGAGGCAGAGAGUUCCUGGAGGCAGUCAAGGAGCUGCGCAAAGCUCAGGGGCCUCUGGAGGUGGCAUCAGUGGCGGUGAGCCAGGCCAGCGGGUUGGCGGCCCGCUUCGUCAUCCACUGUAACGUCCCUCAGUGGGGAUCGGACAAAUGUGAGGACCAGCUGGAGAAGACGGUGAAGAACUGCCUGUCAGCCGCCGAGGAGAAGAAGCUGAAGUCUGUGGCUUUCCCGUCACUUCCAGCUGGACGGAAUGGCUUUCCGAAGCAAACGGCAGCUCAGCUCAUCCUCAAGGCCAUCUCCAACCACUUUGUGUCCUCCACCAGCUCCUCCCUGAAAAACAUUUACUUUGUGCUGUUCGACAGCGAGAGCAUUGGGAUCUACCUGCAGGAAAUGGCCAAGCUGGACAGCAAGUGAGGAGCGUGGAGCGGUUUUCCUAAACGCAGCCUCGGCUGUGGGGGGGUGAGCCAGCAGGAGGCGCCGCUGAGAGGAGGGUUCUAGAGUGGAGCGCCGUUCCCGUUCUCGUUCUCGUUCUGUUCCGCCUGUCUCGUCAGGAGCUUUUCAGAUUAGAUCCUUUGUAACUUUCCGGUUUGCUAUUAUCGUCUCGUUUCACCGUUUUCUGUUCUCAUGUUUCUGUGUCGUUCCUAAUUGCCUCUGUAGUUUGAUAGUUUCUAAAAAAUGUGAUUCUUCUCAUGCUUUGAAAUAAAAGUCAGAUGUUUUACACCA